GUGAAAUUUCCGAAAGCACCUGAACGUAGCAAAAGCAGUGACGGAGGACAGUCGGAAAGCGGCAGGGAGCUGCCCGCAUCGUUUCGUGCCGUCGCUGGACAGAAAGCUCCGUAUCCGCGGAGGCAUGGAGACGCCGGGGAGAAUAUCAGCCUCGACGGAUGCUCUGGAUUUCACUGUGGAAAACGUUGAGAAGGCCCUCCAUCAGUUGUACUAUGAUCCCAAUAUUGAAAACAAGAAUUUGGCCCAAAAAUGGCUAAUGCAAGCCCAGGUAUCACCUCAGGCCUGGCAGUUCUGUUGGAUUCUACUGAGCCCAGAUAAGGUGCCAGAGAUCCAGUACUUUGGUGCUAGUGCACUUCACACCAAAAUAUCGAGGUACUGGUCAGAUAUCCCCACGGAUCAGUACGAGUCUUUGAAGAGCCAGUUGUUCUCCCAGAUUGCCUGCUUCUCCUCUGGCUCCAAGAUGGUUCUCACCCGACUGUGCGUGGCGCUAGCUUCUCUGGCACUGAACACAAUGCCUGAGGCCUGGCCGGGCGCGGUGGCAGAGAUGGUGCGGGUGUUUCAGGAGGAAGGAGGAGGCGUGGAUGGACGGGCACGCUGCCUGGCAUUGCUGGAGCUGCUCACAGUCCUUCCUGAGGAGUUCCAGACCAGCCGCCUGCCACAGUACCGAAAGGGGCAGGUCCGAGGAGCUCUGGCGCAAGAGUGGGGGUCGGUCUGCCCCCUACUACAACAACUGCUGAGAAGGACGGAUAGCCCCGGGGCAGUUAAAGCUCGCGUGCUGCGCUGUUUGUCAUCAUGGGUACAGCUAGAUGUGCCCCUCAGCGAGAGCGAAGGCCUGGUGCAUGACUGUUUUGGUGCGCUGCCUGACCCAGAGCUCUUCGACACAGCGGUGGAGGCCAUAGUCAACGCCAUUUCACAGCCUGACUCCCAAAGACGAGUCAGUGCAUGUGGCUGAUGCAGGCCCUCGGCUUCCUGCUCUCCGCUCUCCCUGUGGAAGACAUCCUGAGAAACCUCCACUCUCUCAUCACCCCCUACAUUCAGCAACUGGAGAAGCUAGCAGAUGAGACGCCUAACCCUGCAAAUAAAUUGGCAAUUAUCCACAUAUUGGGUCUGCUCUCAAACCUCUUCACUACUCUGGACAUCAGCAAGCAAGAUGAUGAAUCAGCAGAUGGAACGGCCCCCCCUGCUGAAAAGCCGCCCCCCACACCUGGACCCAACCCGGUGGUUGUGGUUUUGCAGCAGGUGUUUGCUCUCAUACAGAAGGUACUGAGCAAGUGGCUGAAUGAUUCCCAGGUCGUAGAGGCAGUCUGUGCCAUCUUUGAGAAGUCGGUGAAGACUCUCCUUCAUGAGUUUGGCCCCAUGGUGUCUCAGCUCAGUGAAAUGCUUGGACAGAUGUACAGCACGAUCCCCCAGGCCUCAGCCCUCGAUCUCACACGACAGAUGGUCCAUAUCUUUGCCAGUGAAGUGGACCACUUCCCACCGAUCAAAGCUCUGUUUGAACUGGUUACCUCGGUAACGCUGUCCAUCUUCCAGCAAGGACCCAGGGAUCAUCCUGAUAUUGUUGAUUCAUUUAUGCAACUCCAAGCUCAGGCCCUCAAACGGAAGCCCGACUUGUUCUUGUCUGAGAGUCUAGAUGUGAAAGCGGUGUUCCACUGUGGAAUUCUGUCGCUAAAAUUUCCUGAAGCUCCAACCGUCAAGUCGACGUGCUUGUUCUUUACCGAACUGCUGCCCCAUUGCUCGGAUGUUCCUCCAGUAGCCAGAGUGAUGCAGGAAGACGGGAAACUGUUGAUACAAGCUGUGUUGGAGGGUAUUGGAGGCGGAGCUUCUCGGAGUCUCAUGGACCAGUUUGCAGAAGUGCUGUUUAGCCUGAACAAACACUGCUUCUCUCUGCUGGCCGUGUGGCUGAAGGAAGUGCUGCAGCCUCCUGGAUUCCCAUCAUCGCGCGUCUCCGCCGAACAGAAAGAGAACUUCUCCCAGCAGAUACUCAGAGAACGAGUGAACAAGAGGAGGGUGAAGGACAUAGUCAAGGAGUUCACACUACUGUGCAGAGGUCUCCAUGGUACAGAGUACGCUGCUGAUUACUGAAACUCUCACCUGUGACCUCACAUCAAGUGGACACCACAGCAAAUCAAUUCGAUCUCCAUGAAGACGCCAUGAAAUGAUUGUACCGAUGAUCCACCCAGCCGCUGGACAACGUACGGAACCAUUCCAGCACAGACCUGCCAUUAGAACAACAAACGCUCAACCCAAGGUGACCCCAGAGCGCCCACCGUCUCCUCCAAUCCUUUUCCUGUGAUAAGAUCGUCUCUGCUCGCUCUUUUCCUUCUUUGAAGAUGUUUGUGCUGGAAGAGCUUGGAGCAGCAGACCCAGCAUGUACCUUACGGCCCCCCUUUACUCCUGCCUUUCUAGAUCUUCCUGUGGUUCCUAGGUUGGUGUUUAGCAUCCAUUGAAAUGGUAGUGAUAUUGUACGUAGAUACUUAACAUUAAUUUCUAUGGUAAACAAAGUACAUUAUAUAAACGUAUAUGUAUGCACACAUAGAAAGAUUCUCAGUCCUGCUGCUGCUAACGAGGGAAAAAAGAAGAAACGAUGGGUGUUUGAAAAUUGGUCAAAUAUUGUUAAUUCCCAUUUAUGGCCAUGUGAUCUCAGCAUUUGCCAAAUUAUACGUUGUUUUUGUGAAUUUUUAGGUAUUUUUAAAGAAGACCCUUGUGUAAUAAUUAACGAAGAGGACAACAUUUGGACUAGUCCGAGUUCAAACCAAACGCUUUGUAUAAGGAGCUCCUGGAGAUCACUGUUUUCCUGCAGUGUCCUUGCGUUGCAGACUCUCCCUGAGGCGAAGCAGGACUGCCUGGAGUAACGCCUGAGGGGAAACGGGAGAAAUCCUAGUAAUUGGAAGGGAGCAGCCAAGAGGAGAAAGAGCUGAGCUUCUGGACGGAUCAGUUCUCAUGACAGUGGACUGCUUAGUCACUGUAAUUGUGCAAAAAUAUUAAUCAACUUGUGCAUAUUAACAGUUAUUGCCGAACACUUUGUGUAUAUGAGUGUGCGAGUGUGUGCAUACGUGUGAGAGCAAAUGUUGUUUUUUUUCCACUUCUUCAGUGCACUUAUAAUGGACCUACCAGAACCAAUGCAUCUUCCUCUCUUCUUUUUGUUAAAGUCGUUCAUUUCCUUUUUUCAAAAAGACUGAAGCAUCCCGUCAUCACAGUGAUGAUCUUUGGCCACCGAGCUUUCUGAUACAAAAUACCUGUGAUGAGCCACCCAGGUUCCCCUCACCCAUUUCAGUCACUGUCUUUGAAAAUAUCAAGAGUUGAGGAGAACAUUCCAGACCACAACUCUGAGAAGUUAUAUAUAUAUAUAUCCUCUUCAGUUCUCGUUCGUUACACCUGAGACUGUAAAAUACACUGUUUAGUGAAAGACGACUUAUAGCACUCAGCGCUGACAUUUACUGCUCCAGAGAUCACUGUUUUCAGCUUAACCCUUCUGUCUUAUCCAAGGUGCCUGCAGACAUGUAGCAUGUAUGUGUUAGUGGUGGGCGGGGCUAAAGGGACAAACCAACUCAGAGUGGAAAGACUCGACUCCAAACCCAACAGCGGAGGCAGGAGUCUGGUCUGAAGCGAGCCGUUUGGCUUCAUUCUAUGAAUGUCCUGAUGUUCACCACUGAUCCUCAAAUCUGUUUGUGGUUCUAGCUUGCAAUGAGAAACUGACCAGUGUUUGUCUUUGGAAGAACUGUGUGUGGAGGAGGAGUGGGAGGAACAAAAUGUACAAUUUUUUUGUUUUUUGUACCUUGACUUUAAUUUAUUAAAUAUAUCCAAGACUGUG